AAGUUAAUGCAUCCGGACCAGAUGUAGUGAAAUUCAGAUUUAUUUUCUAGAUAUUUCAUUUGAAGGAUAUGACCAACCGUCAUUUUAAAGGCAACAUUUGUAAUUGUACUUGUUUAUAUUCAAAUAUUUUAUAAUGUAUAAAUGCGCACAUAAAAAGGGAUCACUUGGAUUUUUUUCAAAAUUUAUCAUUUUCAUUUGUUGGUGUUAGGUCUUAAGGCGUAUACAAUUUACAAAUGCUGUAAAUAAAUUACUUUUUGAAAUAUGGUUAUUUAAUAUCACCCUUUUUCAUGAGACGAAAAACAUUUGUUGAAUUAUCGAGUAUCUUUACACAGAACAAGCGGUGGAUUUAAACUGAAUUUCAAGCCUAAGGAUACGUUUUAUGGCAUUUCAUUUUUUUAUCAUAUGUCGGGGAUGAGAAAUCAAGGACUUUGCAUAAAUAGUAAAUUCUAGUAUAUGUGAAGUUUAAUUCCUUUCUGUAAAGUGUGUAUUUCGUCGACAGCUCGGAAUUAUGGAACAUUAAAGUACACUAAUAGAAUUUAAGCAUGUUUGAAACAUGACUCGGUGGAUGUGUAGAUGUUUUUGGAUCGUUAAAGUGGUGUGUCUUGUAGCCGUAUAUUGCAGUUUAGCUGAGGCGCAAAACGAAUGUGCUGGUGUUGAGCACUUUGAAUAUCUGCAUAGUGAAAAUAUAAAAGAUUUUCGGGACUGUGUGAUUAUUACAGGAAACCUGAUAAUUUUGAAAGCCUCUUUUGAUGGUUCUGGAACCAAAGCCAUUAAGCCAAAUGAUUUGCAAAUAUUGAAAGAUGUUAUAGAAGUUUUUGGCUUCGUCAAGAUAAAGGGUACCCCACCUGAAGUUAAAGAUCUUUCAUUUCUAUCCAGGCUUGAAACAAUUCGUGGGAAAAUAUUAUACUCUUGGACUAGAAUGCAGUCCUAAGUGUUCACACCACGGAUGCACGGGUCCUGGCAUUGAUAACUGUCUCAAGUGUGACAACACCAGUUACAGUAUAUCUGACGAUAACGUUUGUCUUGAAGGAUGUGGU